UGGCGCCGCGCUAGGGCGCUCCCUCUCAUCUCCCCCGCUGUCGAUUCUGGCCGCUUUCCUCCCUGCACUCCGGAGCCGCUCCCUCUCAUCGCUAUCGCCCGUUGCGGACGCUCUAGCUGCUCUCUCUCUCUCUCUCUCUUUCGCCUGCCAUUCGGCCUGGCGGCGCGCGGGGGCGCUCCCUCUCCUUCGCGGGCCCUCUAGCCGAGCCCCGCCUAUCGUAGCCGCUUCCUGUCAUCAACCCGUCCGCGGACGUUCUGCCGGCGUUUCGUCUCCCCCCUCUUCCGUCCUGCGCUCCGCCUGGCACCGCUUGGGGGCGCUCCCUCUCACCUCCGCCGCGGACGCUCCGGCCGCGCUUUCCCUGCCCGCCGGAGCGUCUUCCUCUCGUCUCCUUCCUCGCGCGACGCUCUGGCCUCCCUCUCGCUGCCCCGGCUCCUUCGUUCUCCGCAUGGCGGUCCCUUGCCGGCUCUUGCGGGGGCUCCUGCGCGGCGGAGGCUUCACGGGAGCCCCCGGCCUGGUGGGCCCUUGGCGGUCCCGCUGCUACACCCGCGUGGCCGGGCCGGAGGAAGCGGAGGAAGGGAUCCGGGAAGCAGAGAUGGGCCGGGAGGGCGAGGAAGGCGCCAGCCUCCGGAUCUGCCCCCCGAAGCUGCCCCGGGAAACCAGAGAUUUGCUGAAGGAAUUCCCGCAGCCGAAAAACCUUCUCAACAGCGUCAUCGGACGAGCCCUCGGUAUCUCCCAUGCCAGAGACAAAUUAAUCUACAUCCAUUCCAACGGGCCGCGAAAAAAGAAAGUCACGCUGCUCAUCAAGUGGCCCAAAAAUGUGGAAGUGGAAGGCUAUGGGACCAAGAAGAUUGACGCGGAGAGACAGGCGGCCGCCGCCGCUUGCCAGCUCUUCAAGGGAUGGGGGCUGCUGGGACCCCGAAACGAGCUCUUCGACGCCGCCAAGUACCGGAUUCUGGCCGAGCAGCUGGGCUGCGCCGAGAAGAAGUGGUUUGCCGAAAGCCACUGGCGCUCCAAAUCCGGCCCUUCCCUGGCCGACCUCUCGACCUGCUGGCGACGGAUGGAGCCCGAAGACCCUGUGCAGCCCCUGGAGCACAGCCCCCUCCCCAAGCCCCUCCGAAGUGAAGAGCUGGAGGAGGGGGAGCUGGAGGAAGGGGAGCUGGAGGAGGGGGAGCUGGAAGAAGACGGCAUCGACCUGCACAACGGCCUCUCCAUGGGGCGGCCAGGUGCUCAGACCCCACCCAGGGACCUCAGAGAAGGAAGGAGGACGCGCUCCUCGAUGGAAAUGACCGACGACAACACCGCCCUGCGCGCCCUGACUCAGUUUCUGCCGAAAAACCUCCUUGCCCAGGUCAUCCAGAUCGCCACCUCGUCUUCCACCGUCAAGGAGUACAUGCAGUUCCGCACCGUCGGCACCAAAACCAAGAUCUAACUGACCUUGCGCUGGCCCUGCCCUUUGACCUUCGCGGCCAAGGGGCGUCGCAAAGUGGAGGCGGAGAAGGCUGCCGCCUUGGCCUGUCAGAAGUUCAAGAGUCUCGGUUUGGUCGACAAACAACACCCGCUGAGCCAUGCCAUGUACAACAUGACGUCCUUGCGGGAGCUGGGGGAGAACCAGAGGAAGCCCUGCCACAUCAAAGUCCCCGAAGCCACGCUGCGCAAGAUCGAGAACUACUUGAACCACUAUCCUGUUGACUCCCGGGACUCUCGACCGCCCCGCCUGACGGACGACGUGAUGAACCUGAGCAAGGAGAGUGGCGGUGCCCUGAGCGAUGCCAUCACGGGCAAAACCUACAUCCCCCUCUCCGAAUCGGAAGAGGUCCGUCUCAGCCAGAACCUCCUGGCGCUCUGGAAACGGCGGGGAAACCUGUGGCAGGACAGCCACUCGCUCCCCGUGGACUCCCACAAGGCCAUCCUCUCGGCUGUGGAGCAGCACCCGGUGGUGGUGAUCGCCGGAGAUACUGGCUGCGGAAAAACCACCCGUAUCCCCCAGUUGCUGCUGGAACACUUCAUCCUGGAAGGGCGUGGUGCCCAGUGCAAUGUGGUGGUCACUCAGCCCCGUCGGAUCAGCGCCAUUUCCGUGGCUCAGCGCGUGGCCCAAGAGCUGGGCCCCAGCCUGCGGCGGAACGUCGGGUACCAGGUGCGGCUGGAGAGCAAGCCGCCAUCCCGCGGGGGCGCCUUGCUCUUCUGCAGUGGCAUCCUGUUGCGGAAACUGCAAGGCAACCCCCGGCUGGAAGGGGUCAGCCACGUGAUCGUGGACGAGGUCCACGAGCGGGACGUGAACACCGACUUCCUGCUCAUCCUCCUGAAGGGGAUUCAGAAGCAGAACCGGCAGCUGCGCCUGGUCCUGAUGAGCGCCACGGGGGACAACCCGUUCUCGCAGUAUUUCGGGGACUGUCCCGUAGUCAAAGUGCCGGGUUUCAUGUAUCUCAAGGAAUACUACCUGGAGGACAUUAUGUCCAUGGUCGGCCGGCAUCGUCACUACGAGAUCAAGCAAUCGGAUGAUGAAUGCAUCGUGGACCUUGAGCUGAUCGCCGAUCUCGUCCUUCAGAUCAAUGCCCACGGCGAACCAGGUGGCAUCCUCUGCUUCCUUCCGGGCUGGCAGGAGAUUAAAGGGGUCCAGCAGCGUCUUUUGGAAAUCCUGGGGUCUCACAACAGCCGCUACCUUAUCUUACCAGUUCAUUCCAAUAUCCCAAUGAUGGACCAGCAGAGCAUCUUCCCCCGGCCUCCCCCCGGCGUGCGGAAAAUCGUCCUGGCCACCAACAUUGCCGAGACCUCCAUCACCAUCAACGACAUCGUGCACGUGGUUGACAGCGGGACCCACAAGGAGGAGCGCUACGAUCUGAAAACCAAGGUUUCGUGCUUGGAGACCGUCUGGGUGUCAAAAUCGAACGUCAUCCAGCGACGAGGGCGUGCCGGGCGCUGCCAGUCCGGUUUCGCCUACCACCUCCCUCGCAGCCGCCUGGACCGCAUGCCUACCUACCAAGUGCCGGAAAUUCUGCGCACACCUCUGGAGAACCUGGUGGUGCAAACCAAGAUCCACCAGCCAGAGAAGACGGCUGUCGAGUUCCUCUCCAAAGCGGACAGCCCCGACAUCAAAGCGGUGGACGAGGCCGUCAUCCUCCUGCAGGAGAUCGGAGUGCUGGACUCCCGAGAGGCCCUGACCACGCUGGGCAAGCGCCUGGCCCGAUCUCCACCGACCCCCGCUGGCCAAGCCAUCGUGCUGGCCUCCAUCUACCGCUGCAUCCAGCCCCUCCUGCUCAUCGUCUCCUGCCUGACCCGCGACCCCUUUAGCAGCAGCAUGCAGAACCGAACGGAGGUGGACAAGGCCAAGGCCGUGCUGAGUCGCGAGAGCGGCAGCGAUCACUUGGCCUUUGUGCGGGCCGUGGCGGGCUGGGAGGACAUCCUGCGGCGCCGAGACAGCCGCGCUCGUGACGACUAUCUGCAGGAUUACUCGCUCUACGCCCCCAGUUUGCGCUUCAUCAAUGGCCUGGUGAAGCAGUUUUCCGAGAACCUCUACGAGGCCUACCUAGUGCCGACUCCCUCGGACUGCCUCCUGCCCUCGUCCGUCUGCAACCAGCACAGCGAGGAGGAGGAACUGGUGAAGGGAGUUCUGAUGGCCGGCCUGUACCCCAACCUCAUCCAGGUCCGGCAAGGGAAGGUGACCAGACAGGAGUUCAAACCGAACAGCUACACGUACCGGACCAAGGCAGGGACCGUCCUGUUACAUAAAUCGACGAUCAACAGGGAGUCCUCCAAGCUGUAUACUUGGCUGACCUACUUCAUGGCAGUCAAAUCUAAUGGCGGUGUCUUCGUGCGUGACUCCUCGCAGGUGCAUCCGCUCGCCGUGCUGCUGAUGACCGAUACGGACGUCUAUGUGCGGGACGACGGCUGGCGUGCCACCAUCUCCCUGGUGGACAGCGACCUGCUGGUGCUGGAAGGUGAUUCGUACACCAUACGGCUGCUCCGCGACUUCCUGGCCCUCUCCCGGAUGGUGGAAACCUGUCUCUGUUACGAGAUGGCGGCCAUUCCCAGCGACCUCCACCAACAACACAGCCAGCUCUUGGAUAUCCUGGUGGACCUGCUGAAAGGCCCUUCCGCCAACUUCGCGCCUAGGAUAUGGCCCCGAGGACUUGUAAUUUGUACAAAGAUGUUGAGAUAUGUUUAUUUAAAUAAAGUUCUAUUUAUCCCUUGUGACACCUCUCGCUUCCCAGAGCCGGCCCGACUGUGGUUGGUGUCGGCCCGCCAUGGUGGGAGACAGCACCCUGUAUCUUCCUCCAAGCUGUAGGCGAAGCAUGAUGGUCGCACGCCUGAAGACAGUGUGGGUCGGAUGGUCUUGGCUCACCCCCUGGGCUCGUGCGGUCCUGACCGUACGGGGUUCACGCACAAGGUCGGAUUUUAUCCGCUCCGUUGAGAACGGGCUGGCUGGCGGCCCAUUCCAGGCGCUUGGGAUGACGACGUGAGACGAACCAAUGUCCGGAUUCAAGAACACUGGAUAGGGUUAGGCUACUUUUGGAAGACUUUCGUGCUGUAGUUUUUCAGGGGGGCUUCGUCCUGUGCUCCCUGAAUCACCGCUCAUGUGCAGGCGGGAGACCCCGUUCUUACUAGGAUUAUCCGAGCAGGGGAAACUCAAGAGGCAUCGCCGCACAUGGAGUCAUAACUAGGUUUCUGGAACUUGUUAUGUUUCUCGUUGAGUAGGAUCAGUUCAGUGGCCUAGGAGCCUCCUUUCCCCCCCAAAAUAGAGGUGAGAGGCUACCUAACAUUCUCGUUAGCCCAUCCUCUUGCAUGCCAGCUCUCAGCUUCCACUUGGCGAGUCUGCCAGGAAUAUGACCCAGGGGAACGGCGCUUGUAUCUCGCCGCAUGGGAAUAGCAUCUGUGCCCUGUGUUGUAGAUGCAUGGAUUGAGGGCAGCAGCGGCCAAUUAAAGGACUACCUCAAUGUCUUCUUGUGAGGACCCCCUUAAUGAGAGAGGCGGGGUUUCUCCGUUCAAGCCGGGAUGGUGGCAUCUACGGGAGCAAAUGGGACGACUAGUUUCGUUGCAGACGAGGCUGUUUCUGACGACUUAACCUCUCGUCGGUCUACAGCAGGGAUGUCAAACUCGAUUUCCUUGAGGGCCGCAGAAGGGUUUUGUUUGACUUCGGGAGUGGGGGGGGGGUGGCCAGCUCCACAUCGCAGGCUCUGUUUUCUGGCGCGGUGGUCUCCUGCAGCUCUGCAGCCAGCCAAAAUGAAGCUGGGGAAGGCGCGUGGCCUGCCCGAGCUCCGUUUUCACUAACAGAGGGUGCAGGAGGCCACCGCGGUCAAAAACAGCACGGUAGGGUCACGCAGAGGGGUACUUUGGGCCGAUCCUUCACUGUUUCCAGGGCAGCGGUGCAGGCCAGAUCUAAGCACCCUGCGGGCUUGGAGUUUAACACACCCCUUGUCUAUAAACAGCCUCGUUCUCUCGUCCGGAACAAGCCGCCCCAGUCGCUCUCGUAGACGCCACCAUCCCGGUUUGGGUGCUUAACCAUGAUUUCCGUGCAAGAAAGAUGGAGGCAGCUUUGCCCACAUUGGGUGGGAGAAGGUGUAGAUUGUGACACUGCCCCUCUUCUGAAAUGGGGCAAUCGCCAAAUUUCGGACGUGAAUCGGCGACUUUUUUCGGGAGAGCGCAAGUUGGCUAUUUCCCCUGAGACUUCCUUGAGUGCCCCGAGGGCUGCUGGGAAUAUCCUCGAAACGUACCUGUGACUCGAUGCUCGCAUAGGCCAUUGGUUGUUACUUGUCCUGCAACCUUUUUACAAUCUAGAUGAAAGUUAAUAAAUGGGGAUAAAAUCAA